UGCCGCAACCGCGACGGUUGGAUCCGGACUGUUCGGUUUAUAAGAUUAAGGUGCCUACCUCCUAAGUAUUCAUUAUUAUAGAACCCAUAAGCCUAGCUCUAUUAAAUUUCAUUUUCAUAAAUAUAUUAGCAUACAUUCAACAACUGAUUGUCGCCCUAUCUGUAUCAACUUAGUCAAUAUGAAGAUUGAAGGUAGGACAUUUGUGGUCUCUGGCGGAGCAUCGGGCCUCGGACAAGCAUGCGUAGAGGAGAUCUGUCGGAAUGGGGGUAAUGCUGCUGUGCUAGAUUUAAAUGAAGAAAACGGCAACACAGUAGUCAAUAACCUUCCUCGCGGAACGGGGAAGUUCUUCGUCUGCGAUGUCCUCGACACCGAGAGUAUUGCAGCGGCCGUCAAGGGGACUGUUGAAUGGGCACAGCAGACAGGGAAACCCUUAGGCGGUGUCAUACCUGCUGCUGGCGUCGGUAACCCAGCCACGAUAUUAGAUCGGGAGGGUAACGCCUUCAGCAUGGACAGUUUCGAUUUCGUCGUCAACAUCAACUUGCGAGGUACGAUCGACCUGGUACGGCAGUGUCUCGUACACAUUGCCAAAACUGAACCCGUAGGAGCCGAUAAGGAACGGGGUGUAGUCGUCAUGGUAGCUUCAGUUGCCGCAUUCGACGGGCAGAAAGGGCAAGUGUCAUAUGCAGCCAGUAAAGGUGCAGUCGCAGCCUUGACCCUGCCAAUGGCGAGAGACCUAGCACGCUACGGUAUCCGUUGUGUAACUAUCGCUCCAGGGGUGUUUGAGUCGCGAAUGACGGCUGUGAUGCCCAAGAAGCUAUUCAAGGGCCUAGAAGCAGUCAUGGAAUUUCCGAGACGAGCAGGACAGCCCGAGGAGUUUGCCCGGUUGGCCCGGCACGUCAUCGAGAAUGCUAUGCUGAACGGUACAGUGAUCAGGUUAGACGGAGGUUUAAGGAUGCCAAGCAAGAUUUAAGAACAGUAGAGCAAUUGUCACAAAUAACCGAGUUGCGAGGAUUGGUGCAAUUCUUUUUCUUUUUGGUGAUUUCUUUUCUGGCUGACUGAACGAAACUGCAGAGAAAUAUGAUCCAUAACUACCUAAUCUACCGAAAAGGCAACGCAAUAUCAUUUCCUACCUAUCAGGAAAUAUGAUAAUCUUGUGGUUCUUCACCUAGAACCCCCCUCGCAAAAUCCGCGACAAAGAACUAUAAGCUGUAUGCAAAGGCAACUUGAUCCUGGGGCGAUCUGCAAUCGGGAUAAUAUCUAUUCAAGGCCGAUCAGCGAGCUAGUCGGCAUCUUAGUGGUUGCGGCGACGAAGUGGCGAUCUCACUCGAUUAUGAUGGGAUCUGGGACCUAUGACAGGGGAUCGCUCCCGGCGGCGGCCACCAUCACCAUGUGGCCGA